AUGCAAAAAGAUCUUCGUAUGAAGGAAACUGAGAUCGCUCAGGAGAUCAUCGAGAUUGACAAACAGAAGGCCGCGGCGGCAUUGGCCUUGCAUAAGAUGACAGAAGUGCAGCUCUUGGAUGAUCGUCCAGGUGGCGCCGAAGUCGUUGAGCAACUCCAAGAUCAACGUGCUGCAAUAGAUGAUUCUCGAAAGCUCUUAGAAAGCCUGCUCGCGGAGGCUCACCAAGUGCGUACAGGGCAAAAAAUUACCAAUGUCGACAUGAGUGACGGCGGAAGGCUUCUUGUCGGCCUCAUCAAUUGCGACAAUGACAACGGAGAGGUUCACCAGGAAAUUCACAAUGUCAAAGCCACAAACCACGGCAAGGGGGUUGUGGGAAUGGCCAAAGGCUUUGAUGUUAAUGCGUUCUUCAACAACUAG